AUGUCUUUCCCCUACCGAUCAGUCAAGAACAUCCAAGCACUUCCAAGCAUAUACACGGUUUUCCCUGCAACUCACAGCAACGCUCAGACAAGUAUCGACUCGGCCAUCAAUUCUGGAACCUGUCUGAUUAAACAUAUUGAAGAUGGCAUCGAGGUAGUUCCCUUCGAAUGGUGCAAGGGCAGUUCAGCCCCGAUACUUAGUCCCGAUCAGGACGAGAAAGAGGUCUUGUUCGAACCUCAGACUAGGAUGAAAAUAGCAGAGAAGCCUCUACCAAGUCUGCCUAGAAGUACCUGGCAACGUAUGUCCACUAGAAAGCGUAUACUAUCGCUGCUCUUUACGCAAUGCAUCAUGCUUAUAACGAUUGGACUGGCUUUGAUGAGCGUAGAACGACGCUCGGCCCAAAGCAAUCUUGCACCCCAGACUCAUACAUCAGGCAACGAUUCUGCACAUUCCAAGGCGUUCCACUCGAUCCCGCGUGGGAUAUUUGCAAUCUCAAUUCCGCGCCCACAACAACAAAGCUCGGCCUGUCUUGCAGACUUGAACGACGCGGUAGCAUGGCAAUGUGCAUCAAACAUGACCUUGCAAUUAAGCAUCUUACCUUCACCAGCCGACAACAACAACACAACAUUCAUCACCUUGGGGCCCCUCCCUGCCAACAAUAACCUCCAACCCGGCCACCAAUUCUCCCAUCUCCCACCAACCCAACUAACAGUACCCAUCCACGCCCCCUCCAACGAUGAGACAUACCAAUUCCAAACCACACACACCAAGACCGUGUACCUCCACGCAUCCGAGCUAUCCACACACCACACCCCAACACCCCCCACCCUCCAAUCCUCCAACUCCUUCUGGCGCUGCACAUUCACCCAAACCAACCUCCAAGGCUCCAUCUCCAUCCACCAGCCAGAAACCACCACUCCUACAACCCCGCCUUCCACUAUACUACCCAUCCCCUCCUUCCCCCACACUAUCACGCUAUUCGAAUCCAUCUCACCAGCCGCGCAAUCCCCUUACUGCGAGAAAAUCACGCUCCAAGACGACGGCAGCGUAGCCACGGUGUCGGAACCGGUGCUGCUUCCGCUCGGCCAAUCUUCGACUGGACGGGCGCGGGCGUGGGAUGGGGAUGGGGAUGGGUGCUUGUGUAAAUGGGUUGUAGGCUGA